GGCCGGUCUCUUGACUGUGAGAAGAAAGGGGAUCUGUGCGCUUCUCACGCCUCGAGGUGUAGAGAAUAUCCAGGUGUGGCUACAAUUCCACAUCUGGUGGGCUGCCAUGUAUCAUGGGCAAACUACUGGCAAAGGGCCCUCUCAUUGCAUGCAGAUUUACCAGCAACCUCCAAGGCUUCUCAUCGUGCACAUCACUCUCCCAUCCUGGGCUGACAUCUGUUCCAACCUCUGUGAGGCUCUGCAGAACUUCUUCUCACUGGCCUGCAGCUUGGUAGGCCCCAGCCGCAUGUCCCUCUUCAGCUUAUACAUGGUACAAAAUCAGCAUGAGUGCAUCCUCCCCUUUGUGCAAGUGAAAGGGAACUUUGCGAGGCUGCAGGCCUGCAUCUCAGAACUCCGCUUAUUGCAAAGAGAAGGUUGUUUCAGACCACAAGGCAUUUCUCUGCAGCUGGCAGUAGAGGAUGGGCUCCAGCAGCUCAAACAGUACAGCAGACACGUGACCACGGGUGCAGCUCUGACCUACACUUCCCUGGAGAUUACUGUUCUGACUUCACAGCCUGGAAAAGAGGUGGUCAAACAAUUGGAGGAAGGACUGAAAGAUACAGACCUAGUCAGGGUCAGGAGGCUUCAGGUGGUUGAGAUCACAAAGGGAGUCCUUGGCUGUAUGGACUCAGCAUCCCCUGUUGAAGAGCCCAGCAGCGAUGAGAAUUCUGUCUUGGGAACUGACAUUGACCUUCAGACUGUAGACAAUGAUGUUGUCAGCAUGGAGAUGUUCUUCAAAGCCUGGCUACAUAACAGUGGAACAGACCAAGAACACGUCCACCUUCUUCUUCCUUCACGGUGUCUCAGCAACAUUUCCAGAGCCAGAGAUAAUCCAAUGUGCCUGAAAUGUGAUCUCCAAGAGCGACUUCUCAGCCCGUCCCUGCUCCCUGGCACAGCUGGCGGCUCCCUGCGAAUGGAUGACCCAAAAGGAGACUUCAGCACACUCUACCAGAUGGCUUCCCAGUCGUCAGCGUCUCGUUACAAGCUCCGGGUGAUCAAGGCUCUGAAAUCCAGUGGGGUCUGCGAAUCACUGACAUACGGACUCCCAUUCAUCCUCAGACCCACCAGCUGUUGGCAGCUGGACUGGGAUGAGCUGGAGACAAACCAGCAGCAUUUCCAUGCUCUGUGUCACAGCCUGCUGAAAAGAGAGUGGCUGCUGUUGGCCAAAGGGGAGCCCCCGAGCCGAGGCCACAGCCUGAGGGAGGCCGCCAGCACCUUCUACGUGAUCCUGCCAUCCUGCUCUGCCACUCUGCUGGUGAGGGCGGUGGCCACCCGGGAGCUGCUGCUGCCCAGCCCUUUCCCCUUGCUGCCUGAGGACCUGCCCGCUGACAGCCUCAGGACUGUGGAGAGCGUGCUGGACGACCUGGAGCUAGAACCCACCUACAACCCCUUGCAGGUUUGGAGCCACCUCUACCCACACCUGAGCAGCACGUUUGCCAAGCCUCAGGGCCAGCUCCACCCAAGCUGGGAGAGCCGGGGCCUGAGAAAGCAUCCCUGCAAGGCUGGGCAGUUGCAGAUAAAUCGAGUUCGAGCCAGAGUCGCCCCCCUGCCUAUGACUCCAGCCCCUGGCAGAGCCCCCAAGAUGCCAGCAGCCAGCAAAGCUUCCUCAGGAGUCUUCUUCCCGCCUUCCACGGAGGAGGAGGAGGAAAUGGAGGAGGAGGAGUGUCCCUCAGGGCCCUAAGCCACCAGCAAUAGAGCCCAGCUGCUCUGCUCAACCAUAUCCAUGCCAAGGCUCACAUAAUGGCUUUCUGUGGCUUCUUACCCACCUGGGCCUGUGAGCUCCAGGUGACUGGGAAACAGAGCGUUCCUCUCCUCUGUCCUCAGUGCUGCCGCCACCCCGCUCCUCAGACCAGGAAGCUCCCCCCCACCAUGAGCUUUUUCUUUCUCCAAGCAAGGAUUCAUUUUCUUUUGGAUCAUUUGAUACCAUUAACAACAAAUGAAGA